UAUAUUUGAAAGAUAUGACAGAAAGGAAUUGGAAUGGAGCCAUAGGCAACAACACUGAAGAAGCAAGCUACUAUAAUGGAGCUAGCUUUCCACUUCUCUCCGGUUCUUCCCCGAUACUCCAUGCAAUCUUAUACAAUUUCACCCUUCCGCCAUUGUUAUUCUAGAUACCAGUUCAUAACAAGUGGUCAAUUUCUAUUUCAAGCCAACACUAGUAAUAGUAACAGGGAUGCCCACCUUAUCUUCUCCUUCUCAAAGAAGCAGCAGCAGCUAUGGAUUAGCGACGAUGAGGACGAUUACUACGACGGGGAGGAGGAGGAGGAAGAAGAGUCGAAUAUUUUAUCACUGAGUGAAAAGCCAGAGAGGAACAUGACGCUGCUUGACGACUACGAGUUGGAAGAGCUUGACUACGCUUCUGACCCUAAUCAUCGAAGCGGGUAUGUGGCUGUACUUGGCAAGCCAAAUGUUGGAAAGAGUACGCUUUCCAACCAAAUGAUAGGCCAAAAGUUGUCAAUUGUUACUGAUAAACCUCAGACUACCAGGCAUCGGAUUCUUGGUAUAUGUUCUGGUCCUCAGUACCAGAUGAUACUUUAUGAUACACCUGGUGUUAUUCAAAAGCAAAUGCAUAAGUUGGAUUCUAUGAUGAUGAAGAAUGUCCGCAGUGCUGCCAUCAAUGCAGACUGUGUACUAGUGAUCGUUGAUGCAAGUAAAGCUCCUGAAAAGAUUGAUGAAGUGUGGGAAGAAGGUGCUGGAAGCCUUAAACAUAAGCCACCUACAUUGCUAGUAUUGAAUAAGAAAGACUUGAUUAAACCUGGUGAAAUUGCAAAGAAACUUCAGUGGUAUGAGAAAUUCACUGAUGUUGAUGAGGUCAUUCCUGUGAGUGCAAAAUAUGGACAUGGAGUGGAAGACGUCAAGGAUUGGAUACUGUCAAAACUUCCAACUGGACCAGCUUAUUAUCCAAAGGACAUCGUUAGCGAACACCCAGAGAGAUUUUUUAUAGCUGAAAUUAUAAGAGAAAAGGUCUUUAUGCAAUUUCGCAAUGAAGUUCCUUAUGCAUGUCAGGUCAAUGUGGUGAGUUACAAAAGUAGGCCCACAGCAAAAGAUUUCAUACAAGUGGAGAUAGUUGUUGAGAAAAAUUCCCAGAAGAUCAUCAUCAUUGGAAAAGAAGGAAGGGCUCUGAAAUUACUUGCAACAGCUGCUCGGCUUGACAUUGAAGAUUUCUUGCAAAAGAAAGUUUAUCUCGAGAUUGAAGUGAAAGUGAAAGAAAAUUGGCGGCAAGACGAAGGACUUCUGAACUACUAUGGCUAUGGAGGGAAAAUUCGAGCAUUAUAAUUUAGUGUGGAAGCCUUCCGUCAGGUAUCUUGGUCUUGCUAGCUAGGGCUUAGAAGCAUGAACCACUUUGGCCUCCGGUGACACCACUACAUCACGUCUUCUAGGGUUGAUUGAGGAGCCCAAGUCGAUGUAGCCUUGAAUGUUCUAGUUGUGAAACAUGGCCAUAUGAUUGGAUCAUAGUGGGUUGCUCACCUUUGAACGAGUCCCAUUUUUCAGCCGAUCUUCAAGGUGCACCUUCAUUAGAUUUGCAUAGAUAAACAAAUGGAAUCAAAUGCAGAUUUUUUCCGUCUUUGCAAGUUUGUAAGUUUCAUUGUGAAAAUUUUUAACAUACCGGAAUAUAUAAUUUUUAUAUGACAUGAAUAGAAUUUAAUUAUUUUCAA